CUUGGUGUCAGUGUGCGCCGUUGCAGCGUCCAGUCUGUGGCGAACAAACACGUGGAAUAAGACGUCAUCACUGCGCGACGGUCAACACUUCAGAUUUCAUCAUGGCUGAAUCGGAAUCCAAAAAGGUGAUCAAGUUAGUUCCAGAGUAUCUCCUGAAAAAGAGGAAACAAUACCAGGCAAUUAAAGCUACACAAGCCAAGCUUGCACUGCUUGAGAAGAGAAAAGUAUCAAAAGGCAAACCAUUACAAUUCAAGCGUUUGGAAGAUUUUUUGAAAGACAGCCACAAGAGUCACCGUGACAACACUCGUAUCCGUAGAGCCGAACACAGACCACCUGCACCGCUACCUCCUGAAAAGCACAAACUGGCCUUCGUCGUCCGCAUCAGAGAGAUUAAAGGUGUCAGCAGUAAAGUGAUGAAGGUAAUCCAGAUGUUUAGACUGAGGAAGAUCUUCAGCGGGUCCUUUGUCAAGAUAAACAAGACCUCCAUGGCCAUGCUGAAGAUUGUGGAGCCCUAUGUGGCCUGGGGCUUUCCAAACAUGAAGUCUGUUCGUGAGCUCAUUCUGAAGAGAGGUCAGGCCAGGGUCGGCAAGAGGGGGGUUCCUCUCACAGACAACACCUUCAUUGAGCAGCACAUGGGUAAACACGGCAUCAUCUGUUUGGAGGACCUGAUCCAUGAGAUCUACUCCGUUGGUAAAAGCUUCCGGGUCGCCAACAACUUCCUGCUUCCUUUCAAGCUGUCAGUGGCUCGUCAUGCUGCCAGGGAUAAAGCUGGGCUCCUGAAGGACCUGGGGAAUCCUGGGUUCCGCGGUACAGACAUUAACUCCAUCAUCAGAAAACUGAACUGAGGGGAAACUCGUGCAAGAUGGACACUCAAGGAUGCUGUGUUUGUUGAGGAGCUAAUGCCAAUAUUUUCUUUGGCAGAGAAGCUUGUGGGUUCCACCAAAUUGUGUUUAAAUUACAUUUAUCUGUAUGUCCAUUCUCUGGUUACACUUACAGCUCGCUGUGAAACGGCACAAGUGGAGUCUCUUCCCUUAUCCAUGUUGGGUUUUGUACUCUUGUCUGAAUGAUAUCAUGUAGUGCCCCUGAACAUGGACUGAUUGAAGCAGCUGUGCUCUUCAGUGAAAAGUAGUCAAAUCUUUGUGAAAUGUUAAAUAUUGUACUUACUACACAAACAGCAACAUUCCUCCAGUUGUCAGAGGAAUUGAUUAAUAUUUGCCAAGACAGUAAAUGAAUAGAGUAUGCAAGAUCCAGCACCACCUCCAAUAUAUUCAUUUACUGCAUUUGGUAGUUUUCAGUGUGAAAAGAAGUGAUUAAUGAUUCACUGUUUAUACAGUUUGUUUUACAAUAAAAACUAUUAUAAUGACA